ACAUGUUUAUGUGAUGCUGUUACCUAGACGCUUCAUUGGGGAAAAAUCAGUAGUUGCGGGUAUUUCUGUUUUGUAUAAUUUACAAGUAGGAAAUUUAUAACAAUAAUCUGCUAAAAUGCCAAAUGACGGCUCAACGAAACUGUCGAAAAACCUUUUACGGAUGAAGUUUAUGCAAAGAGGUCUUGAUGCAGAGGCGAAGAAACAACUUGAGGAAGCGGAGAAAAGGAUCAUAAGUGAUGAACAUUGGUAUUUGGACCUGCCUGAACUUAAAGCAAAAGAAAGCUACAUUGUUGAAGAAAGAAGUUAUGUCCCAUGUGAAGACUUGGUUUAUGGAAGAAUGUCAUUUAAGGGAUUCAAUUCUGAGGUUGAGAAACUGAUGGUUUUAAUGAAUGCUCCCAAAGAAGAGGAUGAUGAUGAAGAGGAGGAGGAGAAGGAUUUGACUCGAAUGGACACUGAUAUUACAGACGAGGAGAUGGCCAUGAGAUAUGGAAGUUUGGUUGAAAGCAUGAAAAGAAGAUUUGCCAAAAAAAGGGAUCACUCAUCUGUGAAGAAUGAAGAGGAUGUCAACCAUAAUAUUGAAGAUACACAACCCAAGAAAGCAUUCUUAAAGCCCCAGGAUUAAGGCAUUUUUAUAGGCUUUAUAAAGUGUGUGGGGUUUUGGUGUUUUUUGGGGUUUUUUAACUCUAUAAAUGCACACACACUGGACUCCUUUUUUAAUGUUUUAAUGCCUUUACAAUCAUUCAGUGGAAAAAAAAAAAAAAAAGGAUGCUGUAAAAUGGCAGUAAAAAUGGAUGUUGUGCAUCCUUAUUUUUAAAUGAUUGUUUAUGAUUAUUGUAGUGUGUGUUGGUUUUUAUUUAUUUUAUUCUAGUUUUUUUUUUUUUUGGCCAGCCAUGAGAAGGUAUAGUUUAGGGUGCAAGAUCUGGAAUGCCUGUGAAAUUUAAAGGUCUGGUGUUUCUAUACCUGAGAAAAAUAUGGUAAUUUCAAAGUAAUUCUGGAGUAUGCAUGGAAUUUCUGUUGUUGUUAAAGUAAAACUCAAGACACAGUGUUGUAAUCUCUUGUCUGUAGGCACUAACACAAACUCUUCAAUACAUAUCAUAUUUUUCUUUUUGGGAUGCAGUUAUUGACCCUUAAGUGAACCCCUCUUCCUCCAGUGGCUGGUGCUGCAAAUUGUUACAGCAGGGAAGAAAGUCAGCUUUCCCUUUAAUGUGCAUUUUCAGAAUGGUUACAUAGAGAGAGAGAGAAUAAUGUAUUAAUUUGUUUUAAGAUUGUAGCCAUCAGAUUUCCUGCAGAGUCUGCCCUCAUUCUGAAAAUGCACAUUAAAUAGAUCGGUAACAUAUUUGGACACUGCGGCAAUGCAUGUUCUCUUAGGCAUAUCCCUCUUAAGAUAUAUAUGGUCAGGUCCAAAAGUAUUUGUACAGUGUUAGUUUUCAGACUUCUGCCACUGUACACCAGCACAAUGGAUUUGAAAUGAAGCAGUCAAGAUGAGUGUAGUGUAGACUUUCAGUUUUAAUUCAAGGGGUGUAACAAAAAUUUUGCAUUAACCAUUUAGGAAAUACAGCCCUCCAUGUGCACAGGCUCAAAAGUAAAUGGACAAAUGAUCAAUCAUAAACAUUAGGAUUAUUUUAAAUACUUGGAUGCAGAUCCUUUGCAGACAAUGACUGCAUUAAGUGUGGAACCUAUGGACAUCAGCAAAUGUUGAGUUUCCUCCCUUGAGCUGCUUUGCCAGACCUUAACUGCAGCCGCCUUCAGUUGCUGCUUGUUUGUGGGAAUUUAUGCCUUCAGUUUUGUCUUCAGUAAGUGAAGAGCAUGCUCAACUGUUUUGAGGCCAGGUGACUGACCCUGCCAUUUAAAAAUUUUCAUUUUUGACUGAUGAUUAAUGAUUUGGAUCAUGAGCCAUUCCUUUCCUUCUCCAUACUCUUCUCUUCCCCUCAUUCUGGUAUAAGUUAGUCUUGUUUUCAUCUGUCCCUAGCAUCUUGUUCCAGAACUGAUCAGACUUUGUUUUUUGUCGUUUUUGUUUUUUAAAGAUGUUUUCAUCUUUAAAACAGGCCACACCUGACCUAUCAGUCAAUUGUCUGAUUACUUUUGAGCCUGUGAAUAUGAAGGGACUCUGUAAAAAAAAAAAAAAAAAGUAAUUAAUUCCUAAAUGUCUAAUGCAAUAUUUUUGU